GCACUCAUAUGUGAAGGGCGGAGCUUUCAUGAGCUGCUGCUACAGGGACACCAAGAUGGAAAUCCAGGGGCUUACUGACACCAAAAACACCCAGUACCAACAUGGCGUCCCGCUCCACACGACAUUCUCUCAGCAGACCACAGCUUCUGGGAUUCAUGCGAGAACACGUCUGACUGAAAAUGCGAUCUCGGGUCUUUCGGGAUCGCUGGGCUUAGAAAGUGACGCCAACAACAACCGGGCCAGAUCCUCGCCGCUUCGAGUUGCGGAAAAUGGCAGCGGCUGCGCUCUGCCUCUUCAAAACAACCAUGAUAAGAAAUAUGAUGCUCAGUCCGCAGAUGCAGAACUCGGUGACGUGAAUGCGUACAAACAAAAGGUGUUUAAUGAAUUAGACUUGCUGCCUUCCGAGUUUGAGAGGGCAGAUGAACAUGACAACGAUCUGCAAAUGGCGCUUCCCCUUCUGGACACCGACUGCUGUGAACAAAGACACACGACAGAGAGGAUUCUCAGCAACACCUCCACCUCUUCGAACAAGAGCCCAGAGGAACUAUACGUGGUUUUUAACAUAGUACAUAAAGAAGAUGAACGUAAGGAACAACAAACGAGCUUUCAAUACAGAGCUGACGAGAAUGGAUCGUCAACACCCAAGUCAAAGAUUCUCAGUUCCCCAGUAGAUUCAGAUGAAAGCUUCAACAGAACAUCCAAAUCGGGACAUUUGUCAAGCCACAGUAAUUUAAAUUCCAGAUCCGAGACAACAGACCAAAAUGUUAGAAAUGAGAUCUGUCUUGUGGCAGAGAAUAGAGAUCCAAUAUUGUCAGACGACUAUGCUGGGAGCAGUCAAACGCCAAAGGUCUCAACUGUAGAAAUGCUCUGCAAUAAUUUAGUUGACCAUUCAACAGAAGAAUUGAUGCAGUGUGUCACGAAAAAUAAUAGCCCUGCAUUUGGUCCAGAGAACAGGGUUGCAACUGAAAUGGCUGAAAUGAAUAUCAUGGAUUAUGCUAAUCAAGAGUCCAGCAGUAAUGGGGACUGUGGUCCUGAUGGGACUCCAAUGCAUGUGCACGAAACGUUCUCUGGGACCAUCAUGAUUAACAAUCAGAGUAUCAUUGUGACUAUUGAAAAUGGAAUAUUGACCCUAGCCACCCCACCAGAGGGCUAUGCUUACAAGGAGGAUGGUAUGAUGAGCUUAAAAGAACAUUUGGGAAUGAAAGACAAUGAAGAUUUUGUGCUGCUCAAUUAUGAUGGGGGAAGUAAAUCCAUUGGGAAAAUUAGCAAUGUUACCUCGAGUCUACAAGAUGAGCCAAAAGCCAGAUUUGCUGGCAGUGAUUCAGAGCUGACUCUAGCUGAUGACUGUUCGCUAUCAGAAAUGGGUGUUACUCUGGAUUCUUACUCAUCAAUUAAGCAAGAAGAAGGAACCGUUUGUGCUGUAGAAGAUGAUAGUAGUAUUUGCCAAAAUUCGAAAAGCAAAUCAAUUACUUGUGAAGAACAACAGCCAAUAAACGUAUUAACUUUGUCGGGUUUGACGAAGAAAGGUUCAGUAGUAAAGUAUAGAUGUCCCCAACCAGGCUGUUCCAGCACCUUUGAUACCCGGCAAAAUCUCAAAAUCCACUUGGUUCUACACACAGAGGACCAGCGUCCCUUCAAGUGCACAGUGGAGGGCUGUGAUUGGUCCUUCACAACGUCAUACAAACUGAAACGCCACCUGCAGUCUCAUGACAAAGUGCGGCCUUAUAAAUGUGAGUGGGAAAACUGUGGUCGCCGUUUCACCACAGUCUACAAUCUAAAAGCUCAUGUUAAAGCACAUGACCAGGAAAAUGCAUUUAUCUGUGAAGUAUGCAGUGAGAGGUUUCGCACCGCCACAAGACUCACGAAUCAUCAAAGAACACACUUUGAACCAGAGAGACCACAUAAGUGUGAGUUCCCAGGAUGUGAGAAGACCUUCAUCACUUUCAGCGCCCUGUUCUCCCACAACAGAACCCACUUUAGAGAAAUGGCUCAGUUCACCUGCACCUAUCCUGGCUGUGACAAGCGAUAUGACAAGGCCUGUCGGCUCAAAAUACACCUCCGUAGUCACACAGGUGAAAGACCGUUUGUUUGUGAUUCUGAUUCCUGCGGUUGGACCUUCACAAGCAUGUCCAAAUUACUCCGGCACAAACGGAAGCACGAUGAUGACAGACGGUUUGCAUGUCCAGAGGAAGGCUGCGGGAAAUCCUUUACACGGGCUGAGCACCUGAAGGGCCACAGUAUCACGCACUUGGGGACCAAGCCAUUUGAAUGCCCUGUAGAAGUCAACCCAGAAGAGCUGGGAACUCUGGCUAUUCCAACUGCAUCUUCAGAACAACUCCACACUCUGAGUUCCUGCAAUCCCUUGACUGUAGAAUCGCCAUCUACUCUCACGCCAUCUCUUUCUUCAUCGCUCUCUCAGUCUCUUUCCUCACUGACAUCAGCUCUUCAGCCAGCACUCAGUUCCUCUCUUGUUCCUUCUCUCUCCGCCCCGCUCUCCUCCAUGGCUCUGACGGCAACCCCUGUACCGGAAUUACUCUCUCCGCAGGCAAAGGCUGACCUGCCAGGCACCACAGUGGAUCCUACAGUGAAGGCAGUACUGGGGCAGGAUCCUUCUCCAUGGACAUGCCUCUGCGGCUGGGCAAGAUAUGGGCGUACAUGUAUUCGGGCUGACCUGCCAGGCAGUGAGACAGCCGUCGGGCCCUUGUUAAACAGGGUGGAGGUCAUGGCUCAGUCAGAUGGCAAUAAAGGGAUGUGUCAGUUUGUGUUCCCCAGCCACAGUGGAUCCUACAGUGGACAGAAAAUAACAGAGUUGCCCUCGGUCACGUGCCCCGUUAUGGAGAGUAGUGGAUCAGCACGCACAGACUACAGGGCCAUUCAGCUCGCCAAGAGGAGAAAACGGAAAGGUCCAGGCUCUUCCACAUGUGCCUCAGAGACUGGCCAGAGAAAGACUAAAGGAUCAAAGGGCACCAGUUCUGCUCCGCCGACUAAUUCAGGUGCUCAUUUUGGAGAAGGAGCAGCUACAGGAAAUAGUGAGCUACCCAUCCGGGAUCCGGUGGCAGGCGCACAAUUUGUACAGAUUCAGCUGCUGCAGGAUGACCCUGCUGCUGAUGGAGACUUGGCUUUCCAGCUGAGUUCACAGACCUCGUGUUCACAUUCUCAGCUCACUGUGGAUCUACCCGUCAACAUCCUACAGGAACCUACAGUCAUGACUGAAGAUGAAAAUGGAUCUGAUAACUCCCAAUUCACUGGGAGCACCAUCAACUUACAAGACUUGGAGUGAUGGUGGAAACAGCAAGUGCUUCUAAAAGACCAUUGAUGUCAGGCUGUCUCUCUCAUUAUCUUUUUCUCAGAUGAUCUUGUACUUUUUCUCAGUGCCUCCACUGGUUUAAUCAUGAUCUAAUUUAAGCAAAUCACUACAUUCUUGUUUAAUACAUGAAGUCAGAAUAGUACUGUUCCAUACAGAAAGCUAAUUUGCCCAAAAUCAAAGCACAUUUAGUUUUCUGUUUAAUUUUGAUCAUGUGACGUGACAAAGUACAUAUUUCAGUAUAAUGAUUUGUGAGCACACAAAAGAUAAAUGGCAGUGGACUUCAUCAUUGAUCUGUCUCUUAACCAAAAUAAAUACUAUUGGUCUUUGAAAGUGUAACUGUUUGUCAUGAGCGGUUUAUAUCUAGUCUGAUUUGACCUUAACUUGUUUGCCUGAUUCACCACUAUGAAACAGUUGUUUUGAUGCCUAUUUUUGUAUGGCUUUGUAAAGUGCAGAUAUAGUUAGGUUAAAUGUUUGUGGGAAAAAAGUUCUACUUUUUAUAAAAUUAUGCAGUUGAAAUGUAUUUAUUAGGUUUGGUUUACUUCAGGACAGGUGAAUAAAAUUUUACAUUUAA